GGAUCGGGGCCGCCGGACGACCAUGGGCACCCUUGGCGAGGGUCGCGGCCGGUGGCGCGCUUGGAGGGCCGCGGGGCUCCUGCUGGCUGCGCUCCUGUUCAGCCCAUCGGCGGAGGCGGCCGCGGCUUGUUCCAGCUGUGGAAAAUGUGAUUGCAGUGGAGUAAAGGGGCAGAAAGGUGAAAGAGGCUUACCAGGUUUACAAGGUUUGGUUGGGUUUCCUGGAGUACAAGGACCUGAAGGGCAUACAGGGCCCCCCGGACAGAAGGGUGACGCUGGAGAACCAGGAUUACCAGGGACAAAAGGAACAAGAGGGCCACCAGGUCCGGCGGGCUAUCCAGGAAACCCUGGCCUCCCUGGAAUCCCUGGAGGAGACGGGCCACAGGGUCCUCCUGGUAUCCCAGGAUGCAAUGGGACAAAGGGUGAAAGAGGUCCUUUGGGUCCCCCAGGUCAACCUGGACUGGCUGGAAAACUGGGGCCUCCAGGAAUUCCAGGAAUAAAGGGAGACCCAGGAGAAAUUAUUGGGCAAUUACCCGGUGGUAUACUAAAAGGUGAAAAAGGAUUUCAAGGCCAACCUGGAUUGCCGGGAGUAGCUGGACCCCCAGGACAUCAAGGCCCCAGUGGACCCCCCGGACCCGAAGGAAGACCAGGUCCUCCUGGGCCACCUGGCAUACCAGGGGAGAAGGGCCAUAUGGGCUUAAGUUUCCAAGGACCCAAAGGUGAAAAGGGUGAACGGGGAGUCAUGGGCCCUCCAGGACCCCAAGGAGGUACACCUCAGCAGCAAGAAAAAGGGACCAUAGCCAUACAAGGAGAGAAAGGUGAUCCUGGUGACAAGGGAGAGCCGGGCUUCCCAGGAUCGCCAGGCCUAAGCAUCAAAGGAGAGAAAGGAGAACCUGGGAAACCCGGUCCAAGGGGAAGGCCUGGGAAGGACGGAGAGGAUGGAGAAAAGGGAAGAACAGGACCGAGUGGCCCGCCUGGAUUUCCAGGAUUACCUGGUGCAGAGGGCCUGAAGGGAGAUAAGGGUGUAGCUGGUCUUCCGGGUCUUCCAGGAACUGUUAUUGGUCCAGAUGAAGUGGAACUGUUUGGGGAGAAGGGAGAUCCAGGCACUCCGGGAUUUCCAGGUCAAAAAGGAGAACAAGGUUACAAAGGUUUUCCAGGGCUCCCAGGUAUUCCUGGUGUUCCAGGACCUCCCAGCCCAGGGGUAAUAGGGGCUCCUGGGAUUCCUGGCGACAGAGGAGAAAAGGGGGACCAGGGCCAUCCCGGACUUUCACUGUUUGGACAAAAAGGAAGAGAUGGACUCCCAGGGCCUCCUGGUCUGCCAGGGCCUCCAGGGCCACCCGGCAUCAUAGAUGAAAUUCUUGGAUGUCAACCUGGCCCCCCUGGUGACCCUGGUCCUCCGGGCUCUGCUGGUCAGCACGGUUUCUCAGGAGAAAGGGGAGAGAAAGGUGAAAGAGGCGAAGGUUGUAUCUCCUGUGAUGUACCAAUCCUUCCUGGACCACCGGGUCCCCAAGGACUCCCAGGGGAACCAGGCUUUCCAGGAUCGCCAGGAGCUAAAGGGGACCGGGGUGCUCCUGGAUUUGAUGGCGUACCUGGAGUGGCAGGUUCUGCUGGAGUACCUGGAUUAUCUGGAAGCCCAGGAGCUAAAGGAGAACCCGGAGAUGUUUUCUUUGACUCUGAUUUGAAGGGUGACAAAGGAAACCCUGGUUUCCCUGGAACUCCAGGCAUUUCUGGCCGCGAUGGAAGACCCGGGCGAGAUGGGGUGCCAGGCUCUCCAGGCCCUAAAGGUGCAUCGGGAACACUUGGCUUAAAAGGCGACCGUGGUUCUCCAGGAACAAGUGGGUUUCCAGGCCCCCGUGGAGAGAGGGGCUUCCCUGGUAGUCCCGGAGUGGGGCUUCCAGGGGCACCUGGCAGUAAAGGAGAAACGGGUCUUUCUGGGAUCCCUGGCACACCUGGACUUCCAGGGCCUAAAGGUGAAGCUGGACAGGCCGUUUUCUUGCACGGUCCACCAGGGCCAGCGGGUGUUCCCGGGUCUCCUGGACUACCAGGCAUCCAAGGUGACAAGGGAGUUGCUGGAAUCCCAGGAAGACCUGGCCAACCAGGUGAAAAAGGCACAAGAGGCCCGGCAGGAAUAGGCUUUCCUGGUGCUCCUGGCCCUCAAGGUUUUCCAGGACAGCCGGGCCCACCUGGUCUAGAUGGUGCAAAGGGUGAUACUGGUUCCAGUGGGGUACCUGGUGCACCAGGUUUCCAAGGCCCUAAAGGUGAUGCUGGAGUAGGUCUCCCAGGACAGAAAGGAUUUCCUGGCCCAAAAGGACGAGAUGGGCUUCCUGGACCAAAAGGGGAUCAAGGGCUACCUGGUUUGCUAGGAGAAAAAGGACUCCCAGGUGUGCCCGGGCAGCCAGGUUCUCAAGGUGACCCCGGUUCCUCCGGAUUACCAGGUCUACCUGGAUCUCCUGGUGCGCCAGGAAUAGGUCCACCUGGCCCUCCAGGUCCAUUAGGACAAAGUGGACCUCCGGGACCAAUUGGAUCUUCAGGAAUAAAAGGAGAGAAAGGCUACAUUGGUGUCCCUGGACAAGAUAUGCCAGGGCCAAAAGGAGAUAAAGGUAGCCAAGGAUUACCUGGUCUUCCAGGUUUGCAAGGACUCCCAGGUGUACCUGGCCCACAAGGAAAAGAGGGGCAGCCGGGUUUUCCAGGAAUCAAAGGAGAAAUGGGAGUUAUGGGAACCCCUGGCAUCCAGGGUCCUGCUGGCCCUAUAGGAUCUUCUGGACUUCCCGGUGAAAAAGGACAAUCUGGUUUUCCUGGAGUGCCCGGACUCAGAGGUGGCCCUGGAUUCAAGGGUGAAAAAGGUGAAACUGGUCUGCCGGGAGAGCCAGGAAAAAUGGAUAAUGUCGACAUGGAGAGCAUGAAAGGACAGAAGGGAGACCAAGGGGACAGAGGUCUGCAGGGAGCAAUCGGAGAGAAGGGGAUUCAAGGGGAUCCUGGCACAACAGGUGUGCCAGGGAAAGAUGGCGAUCCUGGUUCACCUGGCCAACCAGGGAGCAAAGGGGAGGUUGGCUCUCCAGGAUUCCCCGGCGAAUCAGGCACUCCGGGACUGAAGGGAGCAAUGGGAGAAAUGGGCCUGCCAGGACACUCGGGAGAAAAGGGGGUGCCAGGUGUUCUGGGUGAUCCGGGCAUACCGGGGUUCCCAGGACAGAAAGGCAUCAAAGGGGAGAAAGGAGAGGCUGGACUUCCCGGAAUCGGCAUCCCUGGGACACCUGGUGAAAAGGGAGAACAAGGAAGGUCAGGUGUUCCAGGCCUACCUGGGGAGAGAGGUGAAAAAGGUCUUGUAGGACUUCCAGGUAUUCCUGGUUUUCCAGGUUCCAAAGGGCAGUCAGGUCUUCCAGGGGCUCCAGGAGUUCCAGGAUCACCAGGAGAAAGGGGUGAAAAGGGGUUGCCCGGCCUGUCUGGUUUUCCUGGCUUAAAAGGACAAACAGGUGACCCUGGGCGCCAGGGCCUUCCUGGUAGCCCUGGAGAGAAAGGACAGGCUGGCUAUGACGGAAUUCCAGGCUCCCCUGGAAACAAGGGUGACCCAGGUGUUCCAGGCAGAGGACUUCCUGGUCUCCCAGGGGAAAAGGGCGAGAAAGGAAUAAAAGGAGACGUGGGCUUCCCAGGAGCUCCAGGAAGUUCAGGGAUUCCUGGUCCAAAAGGGGAUCCGGGAUUUGUGGGUCCACAGGGUCCCCAAGGCCAACCGGGUUUUCCAGGAUUGCCGGGCAUUGUCACAGAAGGGCCAAAGGGAGACCGGGGGCCUCAAGGUCAGCCAGGGAUUCCAGGGCUACCUGGACCACAAGGAUCUCCAGGAGUUCCUGGGCUGUCAGGGACAAAAGGAGAACAAGGGAGCCCAGGUUGGCCGGGGCCACCUGGAAGGAUAGGAGCCAAAGGUGAUCCAGGAUCCCAAGGACUCCCUGGAAAUGCUGGCACUCCUGGAGCUGGAGGUUCGAAAGGUGACAUGGGACCCCCUGGAAUUCCAGGCCCUCAAGGUCCAAAAGGUACUCCAGGCUUCGUUGGACUCAAAGGCGAACAAGGCGAUCAAGGGACUCCUGGUGCUAAAGGUUUUCCAGGGCCACCUGGUCCUCCAGGUCCUGCUCAGCUUCUGAAAGGAGAACCAGGUUUACCAGGUCUUAAUGGCCCAGCUGGGCCCAAAGGAUUUUCUGGUCUUCCCGGCCCAAAAGGGCAACAAGGUGUAACAGGGCCUGUGGGGGUACCUGGUCCCCCUGGUGUCCCGGGAUUUGAUGGCACACCUGGUCAGAAAGGAGAAACGGGUCCUUCUGGCCCUCCAGGCCCCAGAGGUUUUCCUGGCCCCUCUGGCCCAGAAGGCGUGCCAGGGCCAAUGGGUCAACCGGGCGCUCCCUCUGUAGCUCACGGCUUCCUUGUGACUCGGCACAGUCAGACGACGGAAGAGCCCCAGUGUCCACCUGGGACGAGAGUCAUGUACUUUGGGUAUUCCUUGCUUUAUGUGCAAGGGAACGAGCGUGCACACGGCCAGGACUUGGGCACGGCUGGCAGCUGUCUGCGUAAAUUCAGCACGAUGCCUUUCCUGUUCUGCAAUAUUAACAACGUGUGCAAUUUUGCCUCCCGGAAUGAUUACUCCUACUGGCUCUCUACCCCGGAACCGAUGCCAAUGAGUAUGGCUCCUGUGACGGGGGACAGCAUCCAGCCUUUCAUCAGCAGAUGUGCUGUGUGCGAAGCUCCAGCAAUGGUGAUGGCAGUCCACAGCCAGACGGUUCAAAUCCCGCCCUGUCCAGAUGGCUGGAGGUCACUCUGGAUCGGCUACUCAUUUGUGAUGCAUACAAGUGCUGGGGCCGAGGGCUCAGGGCAAGCCCUGGCGUCUCCUGGCUCAUGUUUGGAAGAGUUCCGCAGUGCGCCAUUCAUUGAAUGCCAUGGCAAGGGCACCUGCAACUAUUAUGCAAAUGCUUACAGUUUCUGGCUUGCCACGAUUGAGAGGAAUGAAAUGUUCAAAAAACCAACUCCUUCCACACUGAAAGCAGGGGAGCUCCGCUCCAAUGUCAGCCGCUGCCAAGUUUGUAUGAGGAGAACAUAAGGACUUCCCAGUUGUAGCUAAUGUCACAAUAUGGUGCUAUUCCUUUAACAGCGUUGAAGCUUAGGCAUAUAUCCUAUGGACUUCAAUCUUGUUGCCCAGUAUAAAAACCGUCAAGUGCCUUACAGGAACCUGUCUAAUCAAAUCUCUGCUUUCUUGGCCCUUUUCUUGCUGAAGAGGAAGAAGAUACAAUGAAGAUAAGCUUCAGAUGGCACUUUUGAAGAAAUGCUGGUGUGGAUCCAACCCGUCUUCUUCCAGCCUGAGGCGCCUUCUUCCAAUUCCGAGUGGCUUUUCAGUCAGUGGAAGAACCACUUAAGUUGGCAGAAGUCUCUUCAGAUUGGAGGAUGGCGUCCACUUUAAGCCAAAAGGAAAGGUGGGGUAUAAAUGUGUUAAUAAAUAAACUUUGCUCAGUGGAGCUAUCGAAUGGGGUAGGAUCCACCCUACUAUUUUAUAUCUAGAAAGUGAUGCACUGAUACUUACCCAAAAUCCAGAACCCCUCCAUCCCCUCAAAAGGUGCUAUGAAGGCUGCGUCUCUGCCUUGUGUGUAACAUGCCUCCUUUCCCACUUGUGCCUACCAGAUAUGCAGGUUGACUUUCUACUUCUUUCCUAAGCCCUGCCCGACAUCACUCAGAUUUCCAGCUCUUGGUUUUGUACUUAUGGCCAUUGUACAAAGUAAUACUAAUGUAAAUAAGAGUUCUGGGGGAAGAGGACUGGAUUUCCUGUGAUGCCGUAGAAGGCGCUGACCCGCAACAGUUGCCGGUUGCAUAUCGCACUAAGAAAUGGGCAGGAAAGAAGAGGAGACGUCCUGUCAGUCGCAAAAGGCAUUUGCCCUCUGGUACUAUGUGGCUUUUUUAAUGGCAGUUCAGCCAAUUUUCUGUGGAAUUCAGAAUGUCCAGUGAUAAAUAAAGAGUAAUUUAUGUCAACGACUGGGCAAGUGAAUUUUAGUUUAUUUUUAGAUCUCCUUUUUCCCAGUACCGACUCUCACAGAAGGGGAGCGUGAAACAUCUAAUUCUCUGAGGAAAAAAAUGAUGUCCAAGCUAGUUAAAAUCCUGCCGGUCGCCCUGUGACUAAUUCAGCAAGACAUACCUUGAGCUUCCUUUUUAAGUAUUUAAUAUUUUCAGGGUUAAGCACUAAUACACUGAAUGACUUGAUUUUUUAAAACAUGUACAAGGCCUUAAGAUUUGUAUUAAAUAUCCCAUGUCAAACACUUAGCAGAUUUCUAUUGAAUUUCUAUAAAACACACCGAUAUUUGAGAAUGUUUAUGUCUAAAACUGAUUGUGUCAUAUAACCUAGCCAAUAUAAAAAAAGUUGAACAGUAAGGCCUUUGAGGUAAUUCCUUGACCGUGUAGUUAAAAAUGAAAAUUUGUAAUAAAAUUAUUUCUGUAAAAAAAAA